AACCAAAGACAAGAAACAGAAAGAGCCCUUUUUACAGGAUCCACAUAACACUCAGGAAAUAAAGCCUAGCACUCUGGUUUCUCACAAUUCACAAAGUGAACAACAAAACAAUGAGAUUCCUUUACCAGAAUCUGGUUCAUUUUCAUCAUCAAGCAACGAAAACAGAAAAGUUUCACGUGAAGACAUUGAACUGGUCCAGAAUUUGAUAGAACGAUGUCUGCAAUUGUAUAUGAAUAAAGAUGAGGUGGUAAAGACCCUAUUGACUCGCACUAGGAUAAAUUCUGGGUUUACAACAUUGGUGUGGCAGAAAUUAGAAGAAGAAAAUCCCGAGUUUUUCAGGGCUUACUACAUUAGGCUUAAAUUGAGAAAACAAAUUAUCCUGUUCAAUCACUUGCUAGAGCAUCAGUAUCAUCUAAUGAAAUAUCCAAUGCCUCCGAAGGUUUUGGGUCCAAUGCACAAUGGAAAUCAUCCCGUGCUAGUUAAUAACUUACAUAUGGGAUACCCCGUCAUACAACAGCCUCCAGUUCCUGCUACAGGGCAAGCUCAUCUUUGUUCUGUGGGAUAUUCGACAUCUAGCUUGCAUGUUGUUAAUGGAGUUCCUGCUACAGGCAAUUUCCAUCCAAUGCAGAUAAAUUCUGGAAAUGAGAUGUUGAUCGACUCCAACGCAGUUGAUCUGUCUCCCGCCAUACCGCCUAACAAUGCCCUGUCAUCCAUGUCAGAUAUGCUUGUGAGUCCCACAUCAGCAGAAUCCAGUGGCCAUUUCCCAUUCAGUGGAUCAGAGAUAUCAGGCAUGGGAAUCGAAACGUCAGGCCUUACCAAAGUAUUUACCUCUGAUGUGGCAACUUCAGUAGGACUGCAGCUAUCGUCAGAAAAUGGUGAUGGAAAUUCUAGAGACUCCCUUGGAUCCUUGGCUCAGAUAAAUUGGGAUUUUAGUUUUACGGACCUAGCAGCAGAUUUAUUGAACUUAGGAGAUCCAGGAGCUCUUGGAAACUACGAUGACUCACCAUUUUUGCCUUCUGAUUCAGAUAUUUUACUCGGUUCUCCAGAGGCAAAUGAUAUAGUUGAGGACUUCUUUGUUGAUUCUGUUCCUGGCCCAUCAUGCCUACCGUCUGAUGAGGAGAAGUCCUAGUAUAAUCACAAACUCGUUCUUAUUCUCAAUAAAUUUGGGAUCAGCUACAUGAAUCAUUUUCUGUCAUAUUAUUCCACUAGGAGAUCUUUAGCAAUUUAAUUCUUAGCAAAUACUACAAGCCAAGCAAAGUGGACAAAUCCUUCUACGCCAUUCCGUUUUGUUCGUUACUAGAUCUACAUGGAGAUUUAAAAUAACUAAAUCCUUAGCAACUACCACGGACCAAUUAAAGAGAUGUCCAAGCAUGAGGUGAAAUAGUAUCUUGAACUUGGGCAGUUUAGACUGAGGUUCUAUCAAAGGUGAAGCAUUAAUUAUCCAAAGCUUAUGGGUUGACAAAUUUAAGUAUCGCAACUUUCGGUUAUCUAGCUGGCUCUUUUUUGGAAGAAGAGAUAUAUUAGUUCUGUGUAUGUAAACCUAUAUAGACAAUGGAAAUUG